GUUUAGUCAAUUCGCAAUUUCACAAAGAGAUGCCACCAUUAUCGCUAACUUCGAAUUUCUUACACUUUUACCCCCGAAUCAGAUCCCAGCCAUUUCUUGUCCUUCAAUCUCAAGUACCAAAAGAAUCCCACAACUUUUCCACGAUUGUUUUUGCUUUCUUCAAGCUUCUGCCUCACAAAGUUUCGAUUUUUCCUCACUUUCAAUCCCAUGGAUCUGGCCCCGGAAGAGCUCCAAUUCUUGACCAUCUCUGACAUCUUGCGCGAGUCAAUCUCCAUCCCCCGGCGAGCCCCCAGAGCCUUCUAUCUCAUCACUCUCACGUUGAUUUUCCCUCUCUCGUUCGCCAUUUUAGCUCACUCUUUGUUCACGCAUCCGAUUUUGACUCGAAUCGAAGAACGCCCAUCUUACGACCCGGAUACCGGCCACCAAUGGACCCGCUUAAUGAUCUUUCAGUUCUGUUACCUUAUUUUCCUCUUUGCCUUCUCGCUUCUCUCUACCGCUGCCGUUGUCUUCACCGUCGCGUCGCUUUACACUUCAAAGGCGGUGUCUUUUUCCAACACAAUCUCGGCCAUACCCAAAGUUUUUAAGCGCUUGUUUAUCACUUUCUUGUGGGUAACUCUUUUGAUGGUUGUUUACAAUGCGGUGUUCCUUGGAUUCUUGGUAGUUUUGAUUAUUGCAAUUGACACCCAAAAUCCCUUUUUGGUGUUUAUCUCUAUAAUAUUGAUUUUUGUGUUGUUCUUGGGCGUUCAUGUUUAUAUAACUGCUUUGUGGCAUUUGGCGAGUGUGGUGUCGGUUCUUGAACCGGUUUAUGGAUUUGCAGCCAUGAAGAAAAGCUAUGAGCUGUUAAAGGGGAAGACUCGCAUGGCCGGGAUACUUGUCUUUGGUUAUUUGGCGAUUUGUGCAGCCAUUGCAAGUACUUUUGGAGCUGUUGUUGUACAUGGAGGAGAAAAACAUGGAGUUUUUAAGAGGAUUGUGGUGGGUGGAUUCUUGGUUGGGGUGUUGGUGAUUGUAAAUCUUGUGGGGCUGUUAUUGCAAAGUGUGUUUUAUUAUGUGUGCAAGAGUUAUCACCAUGAGGGGAUUGAUAAGAGUGCUUUACAUGACCAUCUUGGUGGAUAUCUUGGGGAGUAUGUGCCUCUCAAGAGCAGCAUUCAGAUGGAGAACUUGGAUAUUUGAAUUGGUUUGGAAUGGCAUUCUGAAUGAUUGUGAUUAUUUGUAAGUGUAGGUUAUUGUGUUUGUAGUUUUUGAAUUUUGUUAUAUAUCAAAGGACUUAGAGGAUUUUCACAGCUGUAUUUGAUACUCUUGUUUUUGUUUCUUUCUGCUAUGAAAAUUUGUGGAAGUCUUUGUUUUUA